GACUUUCACGACAUAACGUGAAACACAGAAACAGUGUUCACGACAGACACAAAAACUCCAAAGAAAAGCAAAUAAAACGUGAAUUAUUUUAAAUAUGAAGCUUUAGAUUUUUGUUGCUGUUCUACCCAAACGUUCACGCGCGCGGGUCUUCCUGUUGUCCACAGGUGUUUACGCGAGGUCACCGUUAAUCACUUGGCAACUGUCCUAGCAACGGCACAGAGCUUCGUUAACGGUGGUUUUAUGGUAAUUUGGCACAAAUAUGAGUUCAGCGAAGAAAAGAAGAACUAUCACAGGUAGUCGCUCACUUUUGCCACCGAGUCCACCUCAGGUCCUCAGAAAGCAGCCCUGGAUGGAAGCAAGACCUUCAUUUUCGCUGUUUCCUCUAAUCACACAGAAACCUGAUGGGACUGAAACAGCUUCAAAACGAGAUGAGUUAAGUGAUGAGGCAGGCAGCAGGGUCUUUCAAAGCCAUGGCAGAGCUCAGACCCAGUUUGAGGACAGAAUGUGGAUGCAGACCCGUUGGACCUCCAAGCGUCGCAGCAGAAUCCGCAAAAGCAUCAAUCGAAAAAACCCGAAUCUCAGAAAAAACCUGGUUAAAUUUAUAUGCCAGCAGGAAGAGGAGGAGGAGGAGGAUGGCAAAACACCACCAAGUGGAGACUGUGAAAUGAGAUAUAACUACUACAUUAAGAAUGGUAUAGACCUGGACCAUGUGUCACCUCUGGAGGAAUCUUGGGUGGAGAGCAUUAUGAAAAGGGUCUCCCCAAACCUGAGGCGCCACAGCACAUCACUGGAACUGCUGGUUGAUGAGAUCAAGGAGGACUACUUGCACAGCAUCAAGACAGCAAUCUUGAGAUAUACAUUCAGAGAAUCAAAGGAAAGUGACAAGGAGAAAGAAAAAGAUGUGCCCCCUCACAGACUAGAAGUGGAAACGGUGCCAAAACCAUGGAACAAGUCUUUUGUUCAUGCACGCAAGAGGAUCCGUGAAAACCUUUACUCCGUCAACCCCACUGUGCUGAAAAUACUCUACCUUUGGCAUUUCUCCUUCAAAAAUCUCCGGCUGAUAGAUGUAGAGGAGUUCCACCGCAGAAACGAGUCCAUAGAGCUUUCUGAGUUUCAGCAGAUUGUCACUCGACAUGUUGACAGUGCCAGAGGAAUCCUUCUCCAAGAUUGGCUCCUUGAAGUGCAGAACAUUUACCACCAAGGGUGCAAGCGUGAACUGGUGCCUUCCAGAAGCAACAUGACCAAACUAGAAUCUUUUUUUAACUGUGUGGCUGCGCUGAUGACUUCCCAGCUGCAGAAUCUUCUAACAGAUUCAGUCAUCGACUAUACACACUUAAUUUCACAAGAUCUGCAUUCAGAACGAGCCAGUGAACACUCAGGCUUUGUUCUGCAUCUGAUCUUGGAGGACAGGGAGAUCAAGUUUGAGCCCAACCUCAAAAUAUAUGAGGAGGCCUUCCUAAAUGUGUUCGAGUUAAUGCUCAGAUCUGUCAGUGUGAUACCUCGUGUGGAAACCAAACUCUGCUCUGACUGGCCAAGCUCACAGUUUGUAAGUACCCUGAAGCCCAUCAUCCUUCCAGAGGUCCUUCAUGCCCACCAGGAGGAGGUACGCAGGGUAUUCUGGGCUGAGUGUGUCAGGCCCAAGGAGUACAUCCACAAGUAUGAUAAAUAUGCCACACUGGUAUCGAGGCAGGCGGAAAAAGAUGUGGAGCAGGUCCUCCGUGACCAGCACUCUUUCCAGGAAUUUAUGGUGCAGGUGCUACACUACCAGAAGCUUAUUGAUGAGAUCCGGUAUAUGCCUUCCAAGGUGGUACGACUUGGCAUGUUUGAGGUCCAGUCCUAUAAGCUCAUCCAGUCUCUUGUCAAGCGUGCACAGGACAUACAGCAGAAACUGGUUACACGGAUGCUAGAUGACCAUCAGAAAGCCAACAAGAAGCUCUGUGAUGAAUUUGAGCAGAUUUCAGAGAAGGCACUGAGCACACCGCCAGAUACUCAAAAGCUGAUGGAACUUAAGGCCUAUAUUAAAAAGGUGGAGACCACAGAGAUGCCUCUUUUGCAACAAAGACUAGCAGACUCUGCCACGCAGUUGUGUUUCCUGGUGGAGUUUGCCACCCUGUCAACACUGGAUAUGGAGCUCAAUACAAAGACAAUCCAGUGGUUUAAACGUAUGCCAUCCAUCUUUGAGGAACACCAGCAGAUAGUUACCAAAAUGACGGAACAAUAUCAGAGUGGGCUCAAGUUGUACCGUGAACACUUGUUGCAAGAACUGAACAGCUAUAGUAAACAAGUGGAGGAGUUUAAGGCCUUUGGUGAGAUUGCCAACCUCAGCAAGUACCUGACAAAGGCUCAGGCCCUCAAUGCCAAACUGGAGUUAGCUGCUGAAAAGAUUAAUGAUUUAAAUCUAGACGAGGAGGCAUUCGGCUGGUCUGUUUCCCAAUAUCCAGAGCGGAAGAAGGCACAGGAAAAGUUGACACCAUUCCUGCGCCUCUAUGAGACAGCUGCUGAUUUCAUAAAACAGCGUGAGAAGUGGCUGCAUGGACCACUCACCAGUGUGAACCCAGACAAGGUAGAAGGUGAUGUUGGCAACUAUUGGCGCGCUCUAUACAAGCUGGAGAAAUCUUUAAGUGAAGUACCCAAUGCCCUUAAUAUAGCAAACACUGUAAAGGCUAAGGUGGAAGACUUCAAGGAGCACAUUCCUAUGGUUCAGGUACUGUGUAAUCCUGGCCUGCGUAAACGUCACUGGGAUGCCAUGUCGGACUUGGCUGGCAUCUACCUGGAGCCAGCUGAUGAUCAGGUGUCCGUGUCUAACUUCCUGUCAAUGCACCUGGAACAGCACUUGAGCAGCUUCGAAGGCAUUAGUGAAGCAGCCAGCAAGGAGUACUCACUGGAGAAGGCCAUGGAGAAAAUGGCCAGUGAGUGGGAUCACAUGGAGUUUAAUCUCCUUAGCUACCGAGAGACGGGCACCUCCAUCUUGUCAUCGGUGGAAGAAGUGCAGAUGUUGUUGGAUGAUCACAUUGUGAAGACACAAACCAUGAAAGGCUCACCCUUCAUUAAACCUUUUGAAGCAGAAAUACGGGAAUGGGAGGGCAAGUUGCUGCUUCUCCAAGAAGUUCUGGACGAGUGGUUAAAGGUGCAGUCUACUUGGCUGUACCUGGAGCCCAUAUUCAGCUCCCCAGACAUCAUGGUUCAGAUGCCUGAAGAGGGACGCCGAUUCACAACUGUUGACAAAACAUGGAGAGACAUCAUGAAACAGGUUUCACUGAACAAGCACGUGUUGGCCGUGAUAGCCAUCGACAAGAUCCUGGAGAGACUGCAAAAGUCCAACGAAUUUCUGGAAAUGAUUCUCAAAGGUCUUAAUAACUACUUGGAGAAGAAACGUCUCUACUUUCCACGGUUCUUCUUCCUCUCAAACGAGGAGCUGCUGGAAAUCCUCUCUGAGACCAAAGAUCCUACAAGGGUGCAGCCCCAUCUGAAGAAGUGCUUUGAAGGCAUUGCUAGUGUGUUGUUCACUGAUGUGCUGGAUAUCACCCACAUGAAGAGCAGUGAGGGUGAAAUGGUGCAGCUCCUGGAUGCCAUUUCCACCUCCAAAGCCAGGGGACAGGUGGAGAAAUGGCUUUUAGAACUGGAGAGUGGCAUGACUGCGUCCCUGCACAAGGUAAUAGGGGAGGCUAUUGAGGCAUACCCCAAUGAGCUGAGGGUAAACUGGGUGCGUGCUUGGCCAGGCCAGACUGUAUUGUGUGUUUCACAAGUCUACUGGACGAAGCAUAUCCACAAAGCUAUCAAAAUAGGACAGAAGGCUCUUGAUGCUUACCUGGAGCAAAACAACAGACAGAUUGAUGACAUUGUGGGACUUGUGCGUGGAAAACUGUCCAAGCAGAACCGGGUCACCCUCGGAGCCCUUGUCGUGCUGGAUGUCCAUGCCAGGGAUGUGUUAGCCACACUGGUGCAAAAGGGGAUAAGUGAUGAGAACGACUUUGAGUGGCUUAGCCAACUGCGCUAUUACUGGGUGGAAAACCAUCUCCAAACCAAGAUGAUCAAUGCUGGUUUGCCAUAUGGCUACGAAUACCUGGGCAACACUCCACGUCUGGUCAUUACACCACUCACAGACCGCUGCUACCGCACGCUGUUUGGAGCACUCCACCUUCAUCUGGGAGGAGCUCCUGAAGGCCCAGCUGGCACAGGAAAAACGGAGACAACCAAAGACUUGGCCAAAGCUGUGGCCAAGCAGUGUGUGGUCUUUAACUGCUCUGAUGGUCUGGACUACAUUGCUUUGGGCAAAUUCUUCAAAGGCCUCUUGUCCUGCGGAGCAUGGGCCUGCUUUGAUGAGUUUAACCGCAUUGACUUGGAGGUGCUCUCUGUGGUGGCGCAACAGAUUCUCACAAUACAGAGAGGAAUUGCUGCCCACACCGAGAUGUUGAUGUUUGAAGGGACUGAACUUAAACUGGAUCCCUCUUGCGCUGUGUUCAUCACUAUGAAUCCUGGCUAUGCUGGACGGUCUGAGCUACCAGACAACCUUAAGGCUCUGUUCAGGACCGUUGCCAUGAUGGUACCAGACUACGCUAUGAUUGCAGAGAUUGUCCUCUACUCAUGUGGUUUUGUUAGUGCGCGACCCUUGUCAGUGAAAAUAGUGGCUACUUAUCGACUCUGCUCUGAGCAGCUCUCCUCACAGCACCACUAUGACUAUGGUAUGAGAGCUGUCAAGUCUGUGCUAACUGCUGCUGGAAACCUUAAGCUCACCUUUCCAGAGGAGAAUGAAGACACCCUGUUGCUGAGAUCCAUUAUUGAUGUCAAUCUGCCCAAAUUCCUGGACCACGAUCUGCAGCUAUUUGAGGGUAUCACCUCUGACCUCUUUCCGGGAGUCAAACUCCCAAAACGUGACUACAACGUUCUGCUGGAGGCCAUUGAGGAUAACUGCCGCCAAAUGAACCUUCAAGUCACAGAAUUCUUUGCUGAGAAAAUCCUGCAAAUCUUUGAGAUGAUGAUAGUGAGACACGGCUUCAUGUUAGUGGGUGAACCGUUUGGUGGGAAGACCAGUGCUUACCGUGUGCUGGCAGCUGCCCUUCAUGACAUUUUUAAGAAGGGUCUGAUGGAUGAGAACCAGGUACAGAUCACAGUAAUCAAUCCCAAAUCCAUUACCAUGGGCCAGCUGUACGGCCAGUUUGACCCCGUCUCUCACGAGUGGUCUGAUGGCAUCCUCGCUGUCAGCUACAGAUCCUUCGCUGCCUCCCAGAGCCCUGACAGAAAAUGGCUCAUCUUUGAUGGUCCAGUGGAUGCUGUGUGGAUUGAGAAUAUGAACACAGUACUCGAUGACAACAAGAAGUUGUGUCUGAUGAGCGGUGAGAUCAUUCAAAUGUCACCACAAAUGAGCCUCAUCUUUGAACCCAUGGACCUGGAGGUGGCAUCUCCAGCCACGGUGUCUCGCUGUGGUAUGAUCUACAUGGAGCCACAUAUGCUUGGCUGGCGGCCUCUCAUGCUGUCCUGGCUCAGUACCCUGCCUCCUACAGUCAGCGCUACGCACAAAGACCUCAUCACUGCCCUCUUUGACCGCCUACUGCCAGCCUGCCUACAGCUCAUUCGAAAGGCCACCAAGGAGCUGUCUUCAACGACUGACACCAACCUCGUGAAGUCCCUCAUGAAUCUGAUGGACUGUAUGAUGGAUGAAUUUCAGGAUGAAGCAAAGAUUAAGAACAUGGAUGAAAAAGAUAUUUGCUCCUGGCUGGAGGGCAUGUUUGUGUUCUGCCUGGUCUGGUCAGUGGGGGCCAGCUGUGACGAUUUGGGCCGAGUAAAGUUUGAUGCUCUGGUAAGAGAGGUGAUGAAUGGCCCCUUAAGUAAGGAGACAGCAUCCCACCAUGGCAUUCUGGUCACUGUGGAGGCUCCACCGAAUCAGCUGACACUCCCCUUACCCACUGAGGGAACCCUCUACGAGUACUGCUUCGUUAAAGAGGGCCCGGGCAGGUGGGAGCUUUGGACAGAUAAGUUAAAGGCUGCUCCCCCCAUAGGCAAGGACAUGCAGUUCAAUGAGAUCAUCGUUCCCACUGAGAACACAGUACGCUACAUGGCACUGAUGGAGCUACUCGUCACUCACCAGAAACCCACUAUUUUCAUCGGUCCCACUGGCACUGGCAAGAGUGUCUACAUUACAGACUUCCUGUUGAAUAAGCUACAGAAGGAUGUGUACACCCCAUUGUUUAUCAACUUCUCAGCCCAGACUACAGCUGCCCAGACACAAAACAUUAUUACGUCCAAGCUAGAUAAGCGACGCAAAGGAGUGUUUGGCCCUCCAGUGGGGAAAAAAAUGGUGGUAUUUGUGGAUGAUGUAAACAUGCCAGCGAGAGAGGUUUAUGGUGCUCAACCUCCUGUGGAGCUGCUUCGCCAGUGGCUUGAUCACUGGAACUGGUAUGACUUGAAGGACUGCUCCAUGAUUAAUCUGACGGAUAUCCUGAUCAUAUGUGCGAUGGGACCACCUGGUGGGGGGCGUAACCCUGUCACUCCUCGGUUCCUGCGUCACUUCAACAUGAUCACCAUUAAUGACUUUGAUGAGAAGACCAUGUAUACAAUCUUCUCCAGGAUCACAAAUUGGCAUUUUACCAUACGGUUUUCAUUCCCCAAGGCAUUUGCUGCUCUGACCUCUCAGAUCGUCCAUAGCACUAUGUCAGUUUACCAAGAGGCCACCAAGAACCUGCUACCAACCCCCACAAAGUCCCAUUACUUGUUCAAUUUACGUGAUGUCUCCCGGGUUAUUCAGGGCAUCUGCCUGUCGCGGCCAGAGACUGCAGAGGAGCAGUCUGUCGUCAAACGGCUCUGGGUCCAUGAGGUCCUGAGGGUGUACUACGAUCGACUGGUCCACGACACCGAUCGAUCUUGGCUUGUAAGUCAUCUACAGGUUGUGUGUCAGACUCACAUGAAGGAGAACUUCCAUCAUCUUUUCCAGCAUCUGGACCAGGACCAAGAUGGAAAGGUGACUGAAGAUGACCUGCGCAGCCUCAUGUUUUGUGACUUCCAUGACCCCAAAGGUGAGGACCGCAGCUACCGUGAAGCUCAUGACUUAGAUCGGCUACGUCAGGUUGUGGAAUCACACUUGGAGGAGUUCAACAACACCAGCAAAGCACCAAUGAAUCUGGUGCUCUUCCGUUUUGCCAUUGAGCAUGUGUGCCGGAUUUCCCGCAUCCUCAAGCAGCCAAGUGGCCAUGCCCUGCUGGUAGGGGUUGGUGGGAGUGGGCGUCAGUCUCUCACCCGUCUGGCAGCCUACAUGGCAGUGGCAGAGCUUUUCCAGGUGGAAAUAUCCAAGACCUAUGGGACCACUGAAUGGCACGAUGACCUGAAACAAAUCAUGAGGAAGGCUACGGAAGGAGAGGCUCAUGGCGUUUUCCUGUUUACAGACGCUCAAAUCAAAAUGGAGUCAUUCUUGGAGGACAUUGGUAACUUGCUCAACACUGGUGAGGUGCCCAACCUGUUUGCAGUGGAUGAGAAGCAGGAAAUAUGUGAGCGAAUGCGUGUGCUGGACAGGCAGCGUGAUAGAGAAAAACAAACAGAUGGCAGCACCUUGUCGCUUUUCAACAUGUUCUUAGAGCGCUGUCGCACACAGCUGCAUGUGGUGCUGGCCAUGAGUCCCAUUGGAGAUGCUUUCAGGGACCGUUUGAGACGUUUCCCCGCACUCAUUAACUGCUGUACUAUUGACUGGUUUCAGACUUGGCCUGAAGAUGCCCUGCAGGCAGUGGCCUGCCGCUUCCUGGAGGAUGUUGAGAUGACGGAAGAGGCCCGAGAAGGCUGCAUCACUAUGUGCAAGAGCUUCCACACUUCAACCAUUAAUUUGUCUCACCGCUUUUUGACUGAGUUGCAGCGUCACAAUUAUGUCACUCCAACCUCAUAUCUGGAGCUCAUUUCCACCUUCAAAGCUUUGCUGAAGACAAGAAGAGCUGAGGUGAUGAAGAUGAAAAGUCGCUACGAGGUCGGUCUGGAAAAGCUGGAGUCAGCUGCAGAACAAGUGGCUACCAUGCAAGUUGAGCUAGAGGCUCUACAGCCACAGCUGCUUGUAGCUAGCAAAGAGGUAGAUGAGAUGAUGGUGGUGAUUGAACAUGAAUCUGUGGAGGUGGCUGAGACAGAGAAGGUGGUGAAGAUAGAUGAAGCAGUGGCCAACGAACAAGCCAUGGCUGCCAAAGCUAUCAAGGAUGAAUGUGAUGCUGACCUGGCUGAAGCUAUGCCCAUCCUGGAGUCAGCCCUGGCUGCGUUGAAUACUCUGACCCCUCAGGAUAUCACAGUGGUGAAGUCCAUGAAAAGCCCACCCACAGCAGUCAAGCUGGUUAUGGAGGCAAUUUGCAUUCUUAAAGGCAUCAAACCAGAUCGUGUGCCGGACCCCUCAGGCUCUGGUAAAAAAGUGGAAGACUUUUGGGGCCCAGCCAAAAAGCUUCUGGGAGACCUAAGGUUUCUCCAGAGCCUCCAUGAGUAUGACAAAGAUAACAUUCCUCCAAAUCUUAUGGCCAUCAUCCGCACCAAGUACAUUACCAACCCAGACUUUGUGCCAGAAAAGAUUAGAACUGCAUCCACUGCAGCUGAGGGUAUGUGUAAGUGGGUUUGUGCCAUGGACAAGUAUGACAAAGUUGCCAAGGUGGUGGCUCCAAAGAAAGAGAAGCUGGCACAGGCUCAAGGGAAGCUACAGGUGGCCAUGGGGGGCUUGAGGAAAAAGCAGGCUGCUCUAAAAGAAGUCCAAGAUAAACUUGGAAAGCUUCAGGAGACUUUGGAUGCCAAUAAAAACAAGAAAGCUGACCUAGAGAGUCAGGUCGAUCUUUGCAGUAAGAAGCUGGAGCGAGCAGAGCAGCUCAUUGGAGGUUUGGGUGGGGAGAAGACUCGCUGGAGUGAAAUGGCCUUACAACUUGGAAACCUCUACAAUAACCUGAUUGGGGACAUCCUCAUCUCAGCAGGCAUAGUAGCUUACCUGGGAGCAUUCACGUCAAGCUACAGACAGGAUCAGACACAGGAGUGGAUGAAUCUUUGUAAGAGCAGAGGGAUCCCAUGCUCCCGCAACAUGUCUCUAAUGAAAUCCCUGGGUGAUGCAGUAAAAAUUCGCACGUGGACCAUCGCUGGCUUGCCAUCGGACAGCUUCUCCAUAGAUAACGCAAUCAUAAUCUCUAAUGCCAGGCGGUGGCCAUUGAUGAUCGAUCCCCAAGGCCAGGCCAACAAAUGGGUGAAAAAUAUGGAGAAGGCCAAUAACCUGCAUGUUAUUAAACUGAGCGAUGCUGACUUUGUACGCACUCUGGAGAAUUGCAUCCAGUUUGGCACACCAGUGCUGCUGGAGAAUGUCGGUGAGGAGCUGGAUCCCAUCCUGGAGCCUCUGCUGCUUCGACAGACCUUUAAACAGGGCGGUGCAAUGUGCAUCCGUCUAGGAGACUCUACCAUUGAAUAUGUUCCUGACUUUCGCUUUUACAUCACUACCAAACUACGCAACCCUCACUACCUGCCUGAGACUUCUGUCAAGGUGACCCUGCUAAACUUCAUGAUCACUCCAGAGGGCAUUCAAGACCAGCUACUGGGCAUUGUAGUAGCCCGGGAGAGGCCUGACCUGGAAGAAGAGAAACAGGCUCUCAUUCUACAGGGAGCAGAGAACAAAAGACAGCUGAAGGAGAUCGAGGACAAAAUCUUAGAGGUCCUGUCCUCCUCUCAGGGCAACAUCCUGGAGGAUGAGACUGCCGUCGAGAUCCUCUCUGCUUCCAAGGUGCUUGCCAACGAAAUCUCAGAGAAGCAGGCCGUGGCCGAGGUGACAGAGAAGAAGAUUGAUGAGACCCGCAUGGGUUACACACCUAUUGCCGUGCAUUCGGCAAUCUUGUUCUUCUCUAUUGCUGACCUGGCUAACAUUGAACCCAUGUACCAAUACUCCCUCACCUGGUUUAUUAACCUCUUCAUCAGCUCCAUUGAGAGCUCAGACAAGAGUGAUGACUUGGAGCAGAGACUGCAGAUCCUGAGAGACCACUUUACCUACACACUGUAUGUGAAUGUGUGUCGCUCUCUGUUUGAGAAGGAUAAGCUACUUUUUUCCUUCUGCCUCACUGUCAGCCUGCUUAUGCACAGCAAGCUGGUGGAUGAGGGGGAGUGGCGCUUCCUUCUAACGGGCGGUGUGGGCCUGGACAACCCCUACUCCAAUCCCUGCACCUGGCUCUCUAAAAAGUCUUGGGAUGAGAUAUGCCGCUUGGAUGCCAUGGAACAUUUCAAAGGCCUGCGUCAGGACCUGACACGCUGCAGAAAUGAGUGGAAACAGGUCUACGACAGCCCAGAGCCCCAUCAGACUCAGUUUCCUAAUGAGUGGCAGGAGAAGCUGAGCCAGUUUCAGAAGAUGCUGGUGAUUCGCUGUCUCAGGCCAGACAAAAUUGUUCCCAUGGUUCAGGAGUUUGUUUCAGACACGUUGGGCCAUCACUUCAUUGAAGCACCACCCUUUAACUUAAGUAACGCCUUUGUAGAUAGCCACUGUUGUGCCCCCCUUAUUUUCAUCCUUUCCCCUGGCUCCGACCCCAUGGCGGCUUUGCUCAAGUUUGGAGAUGAAAAGGGCUUUACUGGUAACAAGCUGACAUCCCUCUCUUUGGGCCAAGGCCAAGGUCCUAUUGCUAUGCGCAUGAUUCAGACAGGCAUUAACGAGGGCACCUGGGUGGUUCUGCAAAACUGCCACUUGGCCACUUCAUGGAUGUCAGCACUGGAGAGAGUUUGUGAGGGGCUAAACCCAGAUACCACCCACCCAGACUUCAGGCUGUGGCUUACUAGCUACCCAUCUCCCACAUUCCCUGUGGCGGUGCUCCAGAAUGGUGUUAAGAUGACCAACGAGGCUCCAAAAGGUCUCCGCUCCAACAUUGCACGCUCCUUCUUAAUGGAUCCCAUCUCUGACCCAGAGUUUUUUGGCAGCUGCAGCAAGCCGGCUGUGUUCAAGAAGCUAUUGUAUGGCCUGUGUUUCUUCCAUGCCCUGACCCAAGAGAGGAGAAAGUUUGGACCUUUAGGCUGGAACAUUCCAUACGAGUUCAAUGAGACUGACCUCCGGAUCUCUGUACAGCAACUAUACAUGUUCCUGGAACAGUACCAGGAAGUGCCGUUUGAUGCCCUCUGCUACAUGACCGGUGAGUGUAACUAUGGGGGGCGAGUGACAGACGACUGGGACAGACGAGCCCUGCGCACGAUCCUCUCGAUCUUUUACACCCCAAAGAUCAUCGAGGACCCUGGCUACACAUUUGACCCCACUGGGCUGUACUACGCACCAGCUGAGGGAGAUUACGACAGCUACAUCGAAUAUACCAAGUCGCUGCCACUCAACCCGUCACCAGAAAUUUUUGGCAUGAACGCCAACGCAGAUAUCACCAAGGACCAGGCUGAGACUCAACUUCUGUUUGACAGCAUCUUGCUUACACAGUCCCGCUCUUCAGGCGGAGAUGCCAAAUCCUCAGAUGACAUGGUCUUUGAAGUGGCAGCUGACAUCCUCAGUAAGCUGCCUGAAGACUUUGACUUGGAGGCAGCAAUGAGCCGCUUUCCUACCAGCUACAACCAGAGCAUGAACACAGUGCUGGUGCAGGAGAUGGGUCGCUUCAACAACCUGCUGGGCACGAUCCGAGACUCUUGCAUCAACAUUCAGAAGGCCAUAAAGGGUCUCGUGGUGAUGUCUGCAGAGCUGGAGGAGGUGGUCAGCAGCAUCCUGAAGGGUCGCAUCCCAGCCAUGUGGAUGAAGAAGUCCUACCCCAGCCUCAAACCGUUAGGAAGCUACGUCAACGACUUCCUAGAGCGACUGACGUUCUUGCAGGACUGGUACGACAAGGGCGCGCCUGCUGUAUUUUGGAUAUCAGGAUUCUUCUUCACCCAAGCCUUCCUUACAGGCAGCCAGCAGAACUACGCCAGGAAGCACACCAUCCCUAUCGAUUUGCUGGGCUUUGACUUCGAGGUCCUGGAUGACAGACAGUACAAUCGGCCUCCUGCGGACGGUGUGUACAUCAGAGGUCUGUUCCUUGAUGGGGCGCGCUGGGACAGAAAGACCAAACGUCUUGCCGAGUCCUAUCCCAAAGUGCUGCACGACUCCAUGCCUGUGAUGUGGUUGAAGCCCAUGAAGCGAGGCGACAUUCCCGAGAGGAUGUGUUAUCUGGUGCCCGUCUACAAGACGAGCGAGCGACGCGGCACCCUGUCCACCACCGGACACUCCACCAAUUAUGUCAUCGCCAUGACACUCAACUCCAACGUUCCUGCGGAGCACUGGAUCAGACGAGGGGUCGCUCUACUCUGCCAGCUCAGCUCAUAGUCUCAGCUUUGGCUUACGCCUGGGUUUGUUUCACACUCUGACGUGUAAUUAAAAAAAAAUCGGGAACAGAAACCUG